AUACCAGAAAUGAUGGCGGAUCAUAGGGAAGAGUCUGCAUCUAACAAACCAUUCCCGUCUGUCAAGCUGCCUCACAUGGUUUUAGGAGGACGGACAGUACGAUACAUGCUAGUGUCGAGAUUAAACAGAGGAUACUCAGUGAACGAAACGUUAAACUCGACACUUGGUAUCCCUUUGUUCAUGGCUGCUGACGUCCUAGGCGGGAUCAGUCAAGUUAACAAAAAUAACUGUAGGAUACACAAUCGCUUUGGAAAGGAGGGUUUAGCAACAAAAUUGCUAUUCUCAGACUCGCGUCUCAACGGCGUGGCCAACAGUGGCAGCGUGUGGUUCUACAACAUCCAGGGAGUGUUCCGAGCCGUGUUUGAGUACCACGAGCUGUUUGUGCAGAGAGACUGUUUGCUCAAAUUAAGGGAUGUUUGGCUACGGCACUACAGUGAACCGGACCUUCCAGAAACGAUGUCCCUCUCGUGGACAGACAGCACGGACCAAACAGAGGACACUAGUUCUGUGAAACAGGAACUCAUCGACCUGGCGAACGCCCCCUCCCCAGUGUUCCCCUCCCCAGUCUGUGAUAGGUCUGUCGCAGGAGGAAGUGUCGCCAGUGCCACCGUGGACUCAUUCAUACAACACAUCGUGGAACAGAGAAAUGCUCAUCCGUCAGACCCCGAACUCUCUGUCGUAGCCCAGGUCCUUGAGUUUCUUAAACUGGAACUUACUCAUUAUGAAAUAUCCCCAUCAAACUGUUUUCCAUUUGAGAUGUUCAGCUACUACAGGACUUCCCUCGGGGAUACCACCCUGCAACAGGAGCUGAGGAACUGUGCCUUUAAUAUUCCCAUGCGAAAAAAUAUUGCAUUGUGUGUAGUAGCUGAAUGGUUGGGUCAGGAGUUUCAUAACUUUGAAAGAAAUAUUGCAAAGCGUGCGGAUGCUUUUAAGAAAGAGCAUAUCAACUGUAUAGACAAUCUACCUCCAGCGGAAUCUAUUGUGACUUCCUUGUUUCCAACUGCCAUGAAGCGGUUGUUGAGUCGCUGGAUCGGUUUGAACCAGCUGCACACAGCCGAUUGUAUGAACCAGGAUCACAACUACAGUCCCCCGGACAAGCGGCAGCCGGAGCAGACGCGGAAUCUGUUUCCGCUCAUUCAGAUUAUUCUGGAGUUUGCCAACAAUGCAUUAAUAUCUGGGACUGCUCAUGUGGUGUUUUCUAGACUUCGCUACGCUGUGUAGUCUGACAGAGUUGUCUGCUCUUCCCUAUCAGUUCUGCAUGUGACAUUUAACGGACUUCAACCAGGUUGACUGCAGCUAGGCACAGUUUUGUUUGAUUUGAAUUUCUGUGACAUUUUGUUUUCUUUAAAACAUUAUGAAAGAAUUGAAUUUAUUCUUCUCUUGACAAACUUUCAGCUCCAUAGGGGAAGACUUGAGAGAUAAGUAAUAGGAAUGUGUGUGAGUGUGUGCGUGCGUGCGUGUGCGUGCGUGCGUGCCUGCGUGCGUGCGUGCAUGCGUCUGCAUCUGUGUGUCUGUCUGUCUGUCUGUCUGUCUGUCGAGAGUGGGAGGGAGGGUGUCACCAUGGUCAUAUGUAGGAUAUAAUAGGAUGUCUGGUCUACAUGGUUAUGUUUGGUCACUAUGGUAAGAAAAGGUAACUAUGGUAAGAUAAAGGGUCACCAUGGUAAUAUGUACCGUCACCAUGGUCACUAUGGGAAGAUAAGGUAACUAGGGUAAGAUUUAAGGUCACCAUGGUAAUAUGUACCGUCACUAUGGUAAAAUAAAGGGUAACCUUGGUAAUAUGUACAGUCACUAUGGUAAGAUGUCGUGUAACUAUGGUAACUAGUACGGUCACUAAGGUAAGAUAUAGACAGUCACCAUGGUAACAUGUAGGUUCACUGUGGUGAGAUUGAGGGAAGAUGGUGGUGGCCAGGCAGUCCUCCUUCCCCAGGUGUCACACUCUCAGAUGGUGUUGAUGCCCUCAAGUGGUAUUUGCUGUGUAUUGCAGUUGGUUACUGUUGGUCAGUUUAAGAUCUUGGUUUUUAUUCAGCCCAUCAUGGCACACAGGAUGUUCUUUUCAUGUUUCGAAUGAUUAUUGCAACCUUUAACAAACCAGUUGGGUGAGGCAAUAAAACAGUUACUAC